UAACCUAGUACCCUCUCUUUUCUUCUCUUUUCUUCAUUUUACAAAAUCGGCGCGCAAGUGAUUAUCAAUGGAGUCCUACGCAGACAUGAGUUGUGUUCUGAAAAUAAAUUUUGAGUGUGGUCUAUGUAAGUCUAAGGUGAUGGAAGUGCUAGGUUCCAUUUGCGGAGUGUAUUCGGUGACAAUAAAUGCAGAGAGAGGGACUGUAGAGGUUGGGGGUGAGGUGGAUCCAAAUGUGCUACUAUGGGCUUUAGCAAAUUCCGGAAGUCAUGCAGAGUUAGUGUGGGUCAAGUUCAGUAGUCCGAGGAGGAGUUCGGGCUAUUCGGGUUAUUCGGGUUACUCGGGUUACUCGGGCUAUUACAACGAUGAUUAUAGUAGUUCAUAUGGGUAUGGAUCAUUAGACCAAAGUUAUGGUUAUGGAAUGAAUUUACAGUACAACACAUCAAGAAGGUUGGAUCCAUGGUACAAUGUAGACUACGGCUACCUGCCACCGGCUAGGUACGUCCCCGGGCUGCCACAUAUGGAUCCAUAUGAACAUGGCAAACCUAUCAACGUUUGCAGUAUUAUGUGAUUUUUGGGGGAAUAUAUAGCUGGCAAAUAUUAGGGUUUCAGUAGUCGAUCAACCUGAAUGAUGGGUUUGAAUUUGAUUAUGGCCCUGUGGGAAUGUUGGAUAACUUAUUAUAAAUAAAUAAACAUUUAGUAUGGUUUUAA